CCUUGUAUACCAUUCCCCCCCUAACAAAUCACACCUCAUAUGCUCAUACCAGAACCUGUCUUUUCCUCCGACCUCUCCUAACAUCGUCAAAACAGAACCCUUUACUAUCCAUCUCUCUCUCUCUCUCUCUCAUUUGAAGAGCAUGUCUGCUGCAAUCUCCUCUGUUCCAAGGUAUGUUGGUUUGAAACCCAGGCCAUCAACGCCUUUUCCAGCUAAGGAAUCAGUUGCGUGGGCCAAGAAAACUGUCUCAAAGGGUUCCAGAAUUCGUUGCAUGAAGACGUGGAAUCCGAUUGAUAACAAGAAGUUUGAGACACUCUCCUACCUUCCUCCUCUCUCGGAAGAAUCGAUUGCAAAGGAGGUUGAUUAUAUGAUAAAGAAGGAAUGGAUCCCCUGCCUUGAAUUUGAUGCAGUGGGAUAUGUGUAUAGGGAAAACAGCAGAAUGCCAGGCUACUAUGACGGGAGGUACUGGACACUUUGGAAACUGCCAAUGUUUGGGUGCAACGACUCUUCACAAGUGCUCAAUGAAAUCCAGGAGUGUAAAAAGGCAUACCCAAAUGCUUAUAUCCGCUGUUUGGCAUUCGACAACAAGCGCCAGGUUCAGUGCAUGGCUUUUGUCAUUCAAAAACCUGCCGCCACCGCCACCGCCACGUAGGUGCAUUCAUAUCACUCAGGCUUCUGUCUUAUGAGCUUGUCGAACCCACUUACCUGAACUCUUGUCCCUCUUUUAUUUCGUUCUGGUGAUCAAAGUAUUCGGUACUUCACUCCGAAUAAUUUCCGAAUACAUAGGAAAGUCCUGUCCCACGUUUGCUUAUUUGUGUCCCUUUGUAUUUGUACUUUUUGUGUGUGUACUAAUAAGAUGGUGGGUGGAUUCCAUAC